GGCUCAAUAAAGUGGCGGUUUCAAACAUUGACUUUCAACUUUUAAGACUCCAUAUUCAAUCUUCAACCAUUUCAUCAUUCAGUAAAAUCAAUAAAUAUGAUUAUGUUUCAAAUUUCUACUUCGAAGUCAAGGCUUCAAGUGUUCGAGCAAAGUCUUCAUAGCAAAUUAUAAAAGGAAAGGCAUGCCUAAACUAAGAAAAAGACGAAAAGAUAAUUAUUUCGACGAAACUCAGAAACGCAUUGACGCAUUUUGUGUUCGAAGUCCGGAUCGUCAGUACGAAAAUACAAAUUCUCGAAAACUGACAUGUGACAAAAUUGUUCGUGCUACGAUCACACCGAAGUUUGCCCAGAGAAAAAAACAAACAAUUUUAGCACCUUUUGCAAAGAUCGAUGUAAUGAAUUUCGGUGGUGAGAGCAUUGCCAGUAAAAGGGAGGGUAGUCAAAGUACUUUUAGUUUGAACUCUAGCAGUGAGGAGUCUGAGUUGGAAAUGAUUAAGUCUUGUGAAAAAGCUGAACUCUGUAUGAGCCAAGAAAAUCUAAAAAAUCGGUCUAAGUUGGAUCAAGAAGAUGCCGUUUGCCGAAAUUUGUUCAAAAAGAAUAGCAGUCACGAGGACAUAGAUGAUGCCGAAAUCACUUGUAUUGCUUUAAACAGUGGUGAAUUCCUGUCAAGCAGUGAUGAUGAAGAAUCUACUCUUGAUAUGAUUGACUGCUGUGAGCAAGUAGAAUUGACUUUGAGUCAAAAGAAGAGGAAAAUAGAAAGCAGAAGUAUUAGGAAGUCAUAUCAUGAUCAUUCAACUAUAGAAGACACUGAGUCAGAAUUGGAAAUCGUAGAGCAUUGUGAAAGAGUCGAAUUGUCUCUAAGCCAAGAGAAACGAAAAAAGAAAAGGGGGUUGGUCAAAGCCAUGAAAUUCAGCAAAAAUCUACUUAAUGACUUGGAAAAUUGUACCUUUACCACUAAGACGGCCAGUGGUUGUUCUCAAAUGAAAGGUGGUGAUACUAUGGAGCAAAUUUCUAAUCACAAAGGGAUGUCAUCAUCUGUUACAGUUGUAUCAACAAAAUCAACACAAUGUGCUGAAAAUCCCCCUAAAAGCGACUCAAAGCAUAGGUCGAAGAAAAGAAAUUGUAAAAAUGAGGGGGUUGAAAAGGCUAAAAAGUGGAAAAAACUUAUCCAAAUUGAUGAAGGUGAUGCUACUAAUUUAAACUUCAUGGAGGAUUUGCAAUCAACCUUGUACGCAAAAAAAUCAGCUAAGAAUAUGAACAAAAUAUCUUACAGUGCAACUAGUUCUUCUGACAUGUUUGGUCUGUUUGGUGUGAAUAGCUCAGACGAUGAUGAACUAGACAAGUGUCUAAGUAGAGAAAUGUUAAACUGUUUUGAGAAUUCCUAUUUCAGUGAUUUGCCUGAUGAGAUCUUGGAGAACAUAUUCUGCCAAAUACCCUUAAUUGACUUGUUGACCAGUUUGACGGUUGUGUGCAAAAGGUGGCACAGGAUUAUCUUGUGUGAGACAUUCCUUGUAUGGAAGAAGAAAUAUUAUCGUUAUAAGCAUCUCUAUGACAGCAGAGCUGAGUUUAAUAAACUCAUUGUAGAGAAGCAGUUGAACUGUGCUGCAACUUUCCCUACACAACUUUGCAAAUUCUUGGUCUCGUUUCGAAUCUCUCGCCCGGAGCACACACAACUUUUGGCUGCAUUGAAAUUACAUUCCAAGUAUCAUAUCAUAGAGAAGUUUCUUCAAGUCGAUGUUGAGGCUUUCAGCUGUUGGUCUGUGGUAGGAUUGCUCUCGCUAGUAUCAAACACCAUCUACGAUAUUCAAGAGAUCAUAUUUCGUCUGUUGAAGUCGUCCUCUUGCUUUAUCAAUGAUAUUCUGGAAUGCCUUCAUUGCGUCGCUUUGAUCUUUUUUGUUUUGUCAGAGAAUCGACAAGACUUUUUUUCCAGCCGUCAUUAUCGACUCUACUAUGCUUUAUAUCUUCUGGAAAACUCAUCUUAUUGUACCCAGUCUUCUCUCGCAUCUGCCUUGGAAGCCAACAAAACCGGACAACAAAGUAUUCUCAAAUACAGUGAGAAAACUGGGAGAACAUGGCUGACUCAUGAGCAAGUGCGAAUAAUGAAUCACAACACCAAACCUGAAGAUGUUCUGAAAAUUGUCGCUUUUGCAGGUUCGGGAAAAACGACGACACUUGUUGAGUAUACGAAACUUCGUCCAAGCUGGAAAUUCUUGAAUGUCGCUUACAACAAAUCUGUCCAAGAACAAGCUUUGAGAAGAUUUCCGGAAAACGUGGAAUCACGUACCGUACAUUCGUUGGCAUUUGCAGCUCUCGGAAGAAAAUACAGACGGAAAAUUGCUCCUAGUAUUCGCGUUAAUACUGUUAUGAAUAAUCUCAGUGAAGAGAACGCGAAUUACCUCCAUGCCAAACGUGUUGUGGAUACUGUUUCGAACUUUGUUUCCUCCAGCGAUGAAAUUGUCAGCUGCGAGCACGUUCCGUGGCAUCAGUUCACGACUCCCGCAAGUACUGCAAAAGAAAGAAAGCAAUUGGAGUACUUUAAUAGCUACGACUAUAAAAAGAAAGUUGUGGCCGAUGCGAUAGAUAUAUGGGAGAAGAUGACCGAUCCGACAAACGAAGAUGUUCGAAUUACUCAUGAUGGUUAUUUGAAAUUAUAUCAACUAUCGAAGCCAGUUAUUAAAAACUAUGAUUGCAUUCUGGUUGACGAAGCUCAAGAUUGUACGCCAGCGGUUUCCGAUAUCCUGUUGAGUCAAAGGUUGGCUAAGAUCUUAGUCGGCGAUCCUCAUCAACAGAUUUACGGAUUUCGUGGAGCUACUAACGUGAUGGCUCAAGUUGAAGCAACUCAAGUCUAUUAUCUCACGCAGUCUUUUAGAUUUGGGGCCGAGAUAGCAUCUGUUGCGUCGUCUGUUUUGGACAUUCUUAAAGGUGUUCGCAGCAAGAAUAUUGUCGGUAUUGCGAGGCAGGGAGGAUUUGGUGGUGAUCAUGUUGGACAAAUUGCUGUGAUUUGUAGAACCAACUUCCAUUUAUUUAAUAACGCUGUAAGAGAGUGUAUGCAGAACAGUAAAACGAGGAUUGGCUUUGCUGGGGGGAUUGAAAGCUACAGAUUGGAUCGUAUUUUGGAUAUUUAUAAGCUUUAUACUGGAGGCGCCAGUAAUGAAAUCAAAGAUAAGUUUAUCAAACGAUUUCGUUCUCUUGAUGAACUGAAGAAGUAUGCACAGAAAGCGCCUGAUGUUGAAUUAUGUGGGAAAGUAAAGAUUGUGGAAACUCACACGUACAAAAUACCUGAUUAUGUGGCCAGACUUCGACAACAGCAUUGCAGUGAUCUCGAUCAAGCAGAAAUCGUGUUUAGUACUGCUCAUAAAUCGAAAGGCUUGGAAUUUGACACGGUUAGGCUGGGAGAGGACUUUAUGCAACAGCUUGAACUUUUUAACGAUCUACGCGAUGCUCCAACGGAUGAGAAGAAUCUUCUUUACGUGGCUAUAACUCGAGCGAAACAUCGCUUGCAGUGCUCCUCUACCCUCUAUCUAUUUCUAAAGGAAAAAACGGAUUUACUGGUCACGUGUGAAAGUGUGGAUUACGUCACGGAAAUUGACUCUACGUACUGUAGUGAAUGCAGACGGCGUUGUGACUACAGUAGCUCGUUUAUUGCAAUCAAACAAGCUCCAAUUGUCCUGGGAACAAGGCAGAAGCAAGAUGGUGGUUUCUUAUGCGCGAGAUGUGCUCUAAAAUCUUCAGAUUACAUGGGUCGCCUUUUCACCAGCCGUACAAAGACUCUCUAGUGAUGUGUGUCGUCUUGUAUUUGUUGUUUUGUGAUUAUUUCUUAUUAUCUGUGUUUUGUUGUUUCCUAGCUAAUUGUGAAGUUUUUUUGUUGGGGGUCGAUUUUUAGCAAGACAAGCAGCAGCAAAGCCAUUCCCUUUUUUACUCUUACAAUGAAAAUAUAUCUAUGGUCUUUCAUGGAAGAACAAUGAAAUGAAUUUUUUAGAAAAAUAAAUCAUAGUUUUAUUAAAAAAGUUUCAUUUUAGGAGUAAAAGUUUGGGCUGGCUUCGCCACUGGAGACAAAUGAGAGAGUUUUUUUGUUAAGCGCAGCGCAUAGCUUUAACUGGUUACGAUUGCAGUUCAUUCACCUAGAACCAAUCUACUUGAUACUCCAGAUACUUGACUCAUCCGAAAUUCUACAGUUUUGCUUCAGGCAAGCCGCCAUCUUAAAUGUGGCAAAACUGCUGAUAUUUGUGACUAAACUCUGCUUCUUGUGAGAUGAUGAGAGUUGCAGAGUUGUUAAUUUAUGUUUUUUUCUUAAAUGUUUGAUAGGAUUGGUUUUUUUAGUGUGUUUUUUUAUUGAUUUUGACCAGCUUUCGAAAUGGCGUCCUUUGUUCACCUUGACAUGGUAGUCAGGCAUCUAGGGGAUUGGGUUCCAAAUAAUUGUUGCAGUUGCUUUUGGCAAGACGCUUGACGAUGCGCAAGCGUUUCGAUGGGAAUAAAAAACAUAUUGGUGUGCAAGUUUUAAUGUCUCACUAGAUGCACACCAAGAUACCCGUGAUAAUACUUUGUACGAAAUUGCAUGCAAGACCAGUUCCUCGAACAAAAGUACUAUAUGUUAUAGAUUAUAAUUAUAAAUAUAGAUGCAGGUAGGGAAAAUUAUUGAUAACAUUCAAAAAUAAAAUACGUGAAAUUAGCUGCCGUUCUCAGUUUCUUCACUUUAAACGCUCGA